CAGUUAUACUCGGCACAAGGAAGUCAUUCGAAUCUUGCAUCUUCAGAUUAUAAUGUCGAAAUUCUUCUGGUCCUUCACAGAGAAGAGAGGAGAUUCCACCGCCGAGUAGAGCGAGGGGCUGUACUGUACUCGUGCCGCUGUACAACGACCCCGAACGGGGCCCUGACAAGACACGCGGUGAGAUGCACGUGAUCUUGCGAGCCCCUCCUGCCUGAAUAAUUCGGACCUUGGACUUUCUCCUUCCAGAAGUGGAAGGCCGCAAGGCCUCAAGAGCAUGAUCAUUCUAUUUUCUUCCGAGCCUCGAAUCAAAUGGAGCAUCAAAUGUUUCCUUUCCUUUCCAUUCAACGGAAGGUGCCGUAUCGACGUAAUGGAAAAUGUCCGCAUUCAUUAAACAAGUCGCGAUUGCGAAUCAUGGCCCCUCUUCGCGUGACGAGCAAUUGUCAACAAAUAAUGCGAAUGAUGACGACGUAUCUGCAGUACUGCGACGACGACCGUGCGCGCGCGCAGGACGUCGUCGUGGGCGAGUCGCCGCCUGUACGACGUAGCCAUGCAGCCAGCCAGCCAGCCGCAGGAGCGCUGGACCGAUGUGACCCCGACUGUACGUGGUAGAACUACGAGGGUCUACCACGCAGAUAACUUGGUUCAUAUUGAGAAGGUCAAUGUGACUCUUUGUUUCAAUCUUCUCGAGGUUACCCUUUUUCAUCGACCCCACCUUGUUCAUACACAUACGCCUACCAUGUACGUAAUGUUUGAUUUUCCUUGUCUAGCGCUAACUAUGCUCGGAAAUUUACCCUCGACAAGCCAGAGACAUUGAAAAGCCUUCGUAGGAUCACUCGUACAAUCUCAUACUUUUAUCAUAUAUGUUGAUUGAAAUCCAGACAUUCUUCAGUUUCUAAUCAUUCAUGUAAGCUUAUCAUAUGGAGGUGUGCAAAGUGAAGACCACAUCGAUCCAUGUUGAUCAUAACGCGAUCUAGCACCUAGGCUAAGACGAGGACAACAAGAUGCAGUAGAAAUGUUUAAAGGGAUCAGACUUAAAGAAGAAACGAGAUCCAAAACCACAAAAUACUUUGUGGUGAGGAAAAAUUUGUUAAAUUCAAGCACGAAAGCUAAAUCGCAUUUUAAGAUAGUCAAAGGAAAAAAAUGUUAAUCCACUGACAAGAUCAAAGACGCAACAAAAUGCAAGAAGUGUCGUCAUAAGUUGAAAUAGAAGAAUAAUAUAGAGGGAUGAAAGAAGCAAACUAGC